UUCUCUACUCGUUGUGAUACUAGAAUAAUAGCUAAAUAGCAUACCUCAUGCCCACAUGAUUCCUCUAUUAAGAUAUGCUAUUAAUUUUUUAAUAUGUUACAACAUCAACAUCAUACAAUAUAUGUUAAUGGUCUUUUUCUCCGUAUGUCAGCUACUUUUGUCAGGUCUUUACAUUUAUCAUUGUUAAUUUUGAGAAUGAUUAGCUAAUUCAUCCCUUCUUAAUUGUCUGUAGUCAAUGCUUAGUAAAACAAAAGAUGCAGCCCGGCCCAUGAACAUAAUAAAUCUCUAGUGAAAACAACUUAAUUCCUAGGUCCCAUGUCCAAACAAAUAAGAGCUAUGCUAGCCCAUAAAGAGAGAAAUCCGACUAUGUGAGUCAACGGUUUCUUAAAGAGAUCAGGUCAACAUGGCUAGAAUAUCCUAGUUCACGUUGCUUACUCCCCUUUUUGGGGCCCUGUAUGAUUAAGAGCAAAAAGGUCUCAUCUUUGAGAACCUUUUUCUUGCAUCACAGAACAUCAAGGCAUUGUUCUAGAUCUUACUUUGUGGAGGGUAUCAUGUUUGGAAAUUCGUUCUCUUACUAGCUUGAAUACAUUUUCUCUGUUUGAAGUAUCAAGGAGGAGAAAUAGGGAGAGAAACUAAGUUAUUUUUGUUUAGUCAUAACAUUUACUUUGCAUUAGUUUGUUUGUGUCAGGGAUGUUUUAGUGAAAACAACAUUCUCCAUGACCCUAUGUAAAGUAAGUAUGAAUAACAUAUAAACUUUAUCUUCUCGUGGGGGAUUUAUUAUUAGUCUUUUUAACCUGUAAUUGUUUUGUGACACUUAAACAUGAGCUAUGUAUCCAUGAGAAUUGAGACAGAUCUGCUUGUAGCUAGUUGCAAUAUGAAACAGCGUCUUCGCAGCAGCAUUUGAUUCACUACUUGCAGCACAUGGUGUAAUCCUAUUGCCUGCAUUUAAUAAUUGAAUGAUUCUACAAGUUGUCGAUUGUUUCCACAGUGGUCCUCAUAAGUAUUCCAGUACAGGAGUCCUGUUUUCAACUGACCUAUAUAACAUUUGAAAGCUACUACACUGUUGUUGCACUAGAGUGUAGAAGGUAAAAGAUUAUGUCCUCGAGUUCCUUCUUGCAAUUCUUGAUAGUAGUCUGUUACAGUAUGUGUUUUUGCUUUGCCUGGUAGAUCUAAUAAUCUAGUUUCUUCGCAAUAUUCAGACUGCAACUUACUUGAUAAUUGAAUCUCAGUGCUACCAAAAGUAUUUAGUUAAAACAACAUUUCUCAUGUAACUCAUAUUUGUGUAUCUUGAUUAGAAAUUUUUUCAUAGUAGCCAUCACUGACCACAAAAUUUAUGUUUAGGGAUCAUGAAUUUGACUUAAGAACUUUUACUUGAUGUAAUUUUCGUUAUGCUUAGCUUUACUAAUACUCGCCCAGGGCAUAAGUGGCAUGAUGACUUGACGUCAUCCUCACCUUCCUCCGGCUUAUCACCGGCAGUCUAUUCAGGUUCCAAUCUCAACAGUGAUGCUUUCCAGGAGGAACUUGCUAAAAUACUCGUCUGCAAGUUGUGGUUCCGCAGAAGUCCAAUAGCUACAGGGUGCAAGUAUCUGCAGCUUAGGGUAUCUUUCAUUGUGGGUCAGCUUUUUCACAAUCAGGGUGACCACAUUUUGGAUAAUUGUGUACUAUUGAUGGGCUUCAUCCAAUUGGAGGGUCAACCAUGCUAUUAUCUUCUAUAUACCCCCUCUGAAUCUCUGAUUGAAUGCUUGAUCAGGUGCAUCAAUUCCUUUUGGUUGAAAAACAAGUCUUCAAAUGGUAUGCUUUUGCUUAUCUAGAAUAUGAUAAACUCAAUCAUUUUGAAUGAGUUGGUCUGUCUUCAUGAACAAGGCCAAUAAAUCAAGAAAGAAAGAGAUGGGAAGUUCCCAUUUGAUAAUGUAAAGCCAACCACAUUAUUCUUUCUCACUUCCUUGGCUGAAUGACUUAUUUUUUUUCUUUCUUUCAAUAAGCUGUCUGUCGGUUGUUAUCACACCAUGUGUCUAUAAUUUAGUGAUAUAAAUGUGCAAGUUUGACUAUAUAUCAGUUUUAUACAAA